AUGGCGCCCUCAGAUAUCAAGGCGCUCGCCAUGAUCGGCUGCGGCUCGAUGGGCGGCGGCAUGGCGCUCCUCUUCGCCGAGCAGGGCGUCCACGUCUCGCUUCAAGACCCCAGCGCUGAUCGCAUGAACGCCCUACUCGACAGCGCGAAGAAAGACGGGCUGCAAGAUAAGCUCAGCAAACACGACGACUACAAGUCGCUGUGCAAGAGCCUGGAAAGCUACAGUGGCAGCGGUGCUCCGAGGGUGUUUGUGUGGAGUCUACCGCACGGCAGCAUUGGGGAUACAGUAUUGACGGGGUUGAUGCCUUUGCUGAGAAAAGGCGAUUGCAUUGUGGACUGCGGGAAUGAGCACUGGGAGAAUUCGGAGAGAAGAAUGGGAAUGUGUUAUGUCAAGGGCAUUAGAUACGUUGGAUGUGGUGUCAGUGGAGGCUAUCAAGCAGCACGACGCGGCCCCUCCAUGUGCCCCGGCGGUGAUGACGACUCCCUCUUCUUUGUCCUCCCUCUCCUCGAGCAAGUCGCCGCGACAGCCCCAGAUAACUCUCCCUGCGUCGCCCGCAUCGGCACCGGCGGCGCUGGACACUACUGCAAAAUGAUUCAUAACGGCAUCGAGCACGGCAUGAUGUCCGCAAUCAGCGAAGCAUGGGCGCUCAUGGCAAGAGGCAUGGACAUGAGUUUAGAUGAUGUCGGUGACGAGUUCCAACGCUGGAACGACAAUGGCGAGCUCCACAACACCUUCCUCGUCUCCAUCGGCGCCGACAUCUGCCGCAAGAAGAACGACAAAGGCAAUAAAGUCCUACCAGAAGUCGAAGACAAAGUCGUACAAGACUACACCGGCGAGGAAGGUACAGGAGUCUGGUCGAACGACGAAGCCAUCGAGCAACACGUCCCGGCCCCAACCCUCACAGCCGCACAUUACCUGCGCAUAGCCUCGGGCGACCUCGCGCAACGCCGCGCCAUCUACGACACUCUCGGCAAAGCCCACCCACCGCAGAAACUCUCGAUCCAAGACCAGAAAGCCUUCCUUGAAGACCUCCGGCAAGCCGUCUACGCCGCCUCCCUCGCAGCUUACGCCCAAGGGCUCAUCAUCAUCGAUAGAGCGAACAAGAGCAAGAACUUCAACAUCAACUACCCGAACCUACUGCAGAUCUGGCGUGCUGGGUGUAUCAUCCGAUCCGACUACAUCAACCGCGAGCUGCUGCUUCCGAUCUACAAGCAAGGACCAUUCGUCAACCCGCUCACGGACCCGACGUUCGCGAGCGAGUUGAAGAAGAUGUAUCCAGCGCUCAAGCGGGUUGUGAUGAAAGCGAUGGAGGCGGAUCAGGUGGUGCCGAGUUUGAGCGCGAGCUUAGAGUAUCUGAAGUACAUGACGAGUACGGAAUUGCCGACAAGUUUUUACGAGGCGGAGCUGGAUUAUUUUGGGGCGCACAACUAUGAUCGGAAGGGUGAGGAUCCGGAGGGGAAGCCCGAGACGGGGAGGCAGCAUUUUGAGUGGAAGCCUGCGUGA